UUAGAAAUACAGGAAAAGUGAAAAAUACGAAAAACAUUGCGUCGCCAUCAUCAUCCAGUGAUCUCAUCGUUUAUGGAGCAAAACAAAUCGCAGGAAAAUCGAUCUGUCUAGACGGAAAUUGUGGCCAGCUUAGUUUGGAAAGUGCCUCGGUAACUAGCAGUGAUAGCGGUAGUGACUUCAAUCGGCUACGCCCACAACAACAGACAGAUUUGGUCCAGGUAUACUGCUGUAACGGAACCAGCGGAACUACUAGCGUUGCUCAGAUUAAACGUAAGGAAUUUUCAAAAAUGCUGGAUCUUGAUAAUCGCCCGAUUGCCGAUCAGAUCGGGUACCUUAUUAUGUCGGAAGACGGAGCGGUUCUAGCUUCCGGUGGAGAAAUGGAAAACGACGAACGGAGUGCUGGAAUUGUUAGUGGCUUGUUGACCCUAACAGAAAGUGUGGACCCGGCCGUGUUUAAAAAACGCUCAUGCAAGAAAAUCUCGAUUGUGUACGAAGAACACAGUUACACGAUUUGCGUUUCAAACAAGAAAAUUUACGUUGUGAAGCGACGAAACGCUUCGAGCACCAACGGUGGAAGUUCGGGCGAUUCGGAAGGAAGAACUAUUCUAGCCUAAGUUUGCAUACAUUGAAUAAAAAAGUUCG